AUGAUUUGUAAUUCUUCUGCAUCAGAAUUAUGGAACUUGACUAACAACGCUAAGCCAGCAAAGUCAACUUAUAAUCUUGUUAUUACAUUAAUAACAAUGUUUGUAUCCACAUUUGGUAUAGCUGGAAACUGUCUUGUUAUUUGGUUUCUCUUUUUUAAAAUCAAGAGGAAUGUUUCCACAGUCUAUAUUUUGAACCUUGCAAUCGCUGAUACAGUUUUCCUUUUAUUUGUCAGCAUAGUGUAUUUUGUUUGUCUUAUAGUAUUUAAGAAGCCUGCAUAUGAAGUACGAUUUGGUGAUACUUAUAUUCACAAAGUACUAAACAUAUUUUCAUUUUCUAUCCUUUUUGCAUACAACACAAGUUUGUGUCUUCUUACAGUGAUUAGUGUUGAAAGAUGCAUUUCUGUUCUAUUUCCUGUUUGGUAUCAUUGCAAACGACCACAAUAUCUGCCUACUAUUGUAUGUACAAUGAUAUGGCUCCUGUCCUGUCUGCUAACUCUGCUUGAGAUUAUUUUUUGUAAUAAGCUAUUAAGAAAACCCCAUGAAGCCAUAUGUGAUAAAGAUUGCUUACCUAUUUUUAUUGUUAUCUGUUGUAUUAGUUUUAUGAUUUUUAUUCCACUUAUGAUAAUAUCAAGCCUUGCUAUUUUAAUUAAUGUUUGUACCCGUUCCAAGCAAUGGCAACCUACAAAACUCUACAUUGUGAUCACAGUAACUGUUCUGUUUUUUCUAGUUUUUGCCAUGCCAAUGAGAGUUUUAUUACUGGUAUUUUAUAAGCGCAACAUACUACCAGCCUUUCCUAUUAUAGAAAUUUCUGUAUUGUUUUGUUCCUUGAGUAGCAGUAUAAACCCCUUUGUGUAUUACUUAGUUGGUCGUCAAGGUAUUGGAAGUAGAAAGCUUAAUAUAAAUGUGACUUUUCACGCUGUUUUUCAUGAAGAAGGAAGUCAAUAUAAAAAACAUCAAGGAAAAGAAAUAAAAUCAAAUACAUCAAUAAUGCAAAAUUAA